GCAAAGAUGCGGAAAGAAAAAGUGUGUCUGUGUUCGCUUGCGUCUGCCGUCACCACGCCCGAGGAACCACAGCAAAGUCGUCAGGAACAAUGGUGGCUCCGACGAAGUUGAAGACGAACGCUGGUUUGAACAAUCCUACGGACGCGCUCGAGAAAGAUGCGAUUGAGCUGCGCUUAGAGAAGGCUCUGUUUGGCGAUGAUGCCGGCUUCUUCAACUCCUUGAAAAGAUCUCAGACUGGCGAAGACGAGACAGGCGCACUUAUACGACAUGAGAUCCCUGAAGGUGAGGAUGAAGACGGAGUGGAAGAUCCUGACCACUUAAGUGAUGUGGCCGACGACGACUUAUUUUUCCUCGAUGCCGGAACCGGCCAGUUACCCUCAGCGGUGUCGAAAGACCUCGAAAAGACCGAACCGCAGCAUAUCUCUGCACUUGGCCAGCCUACAUGGUACGACAGCGACGACGAUCGAAUCACAGUCUCACUCGCCUCCCAUACGCGCCUGCGCAAACUACGAGACACGGAAGAUGACGACGUGGUCAGCGGCAGAGAGUACAUUGAGCGACUCCGUCGACAAUAUGAAAGACUCCAUCCUACACCAGAGUGGGUGACAUACGCGCGGAAAAGGAGGAGGCUGUCCACCGAACGAGACGAGAAAGAUGCAGACUCUGAUUCCGACGUAUCAAUGGAUGAUGGCGACUCACUCGUCGCAGCACAACCACUUGCCGAACUUUUGAGGUCGGCAGGCUCCUUGACAAGGACAGACACCAAGGGCUCAAAGAGAACGGGACCACGCAAGCUACGGCCCGAAGUCAUUGACAUUCAACGUACCAAAGACAUUGCUAAGGCCGGGCCUUCGUCCAUCGACACGAUGCAAUUCCAUCCUUACUACCCCCUCCUCCUCUCCGCUGGACCCAGUUCCACAGUCACAAUCCACCACAUCUCUCCCCAGCCACCGAAUCCGAACCCGAUUCUCACAUCAUUGCACUUGAAAGGCACGCCCCUUCACACUGCCGCAUUCUGCAAACCCUCCGGCGAGACUGCUAACGACAACAAUCACGAUCAAACGCGGAUUUUCCUGUCCUCUCGACGCAGAUACUUCCAUACAUGGUCUCUUUCCACCGGCGUCGUCACGAAAGUGACGCGAGCGCUUUAUGGCCAAGCCCGGAAAGACCAGCGGACAAUGGAGGACUUCAAGAUCUCACCAUGUGGCCGGUACAUGGGCCUGAUCGGCUCUGGAAGGAAAGGCGGCGGCACUAUCAACGUGCUGUCCACGGAGAGUAUGCAGUGGAUCUGCAGUUGCCGCAUAGAUUCUCAAGACGGCGUAGCAGAUUUCGCCUGGUGGCGCGACGGGAACGGGUUCGCCGCGGUAGGCAAGAACGGUGAAGUCAGCGAGUACGACAUCGACAGCAGAAGUGUCGUUGCGAGAUGGAUCGAUGAGGGUGCAGUGGGCACCACUGUCAUCGCUUUGGGAGGUGAUAUUGGACAGGGAAGCCGUGGCGGUGACCGGUGGGUGGCCAUCGGAUCUUCAAGCGGUGUAGUCAACAUCUACGACCGACGAGGAUGGACUGCGACUGCCAAGGCUGGUGCCGAUGCGAACUUGGAUGAAAAGCCCAAGCCUGCAAGGGUACUCGACCAGUUAGUCACGCCUAUCUCGCAUGUGGAGUUUUCGCAAGAUGGUCAGAUGAUGGUCAUGGCGUCCAGAUGGAAGCAGGGCGCUCUCAGACUGGUUCAUCUGCCGAGUUGCACUGUCUACAGGAAUUGGCCGACGGAAAAGACACCACUCGGAAGAAUCAGUGCUGUCGCUUUGUCUCCAGAUGGAAGUUAUCUCGCCAUUGGUAACGAUCAAGGAAAGAUCAAACUAUGGGAGAUCAGCGAGUAGCUGGACCGUACACAUAGCACCAAUUCCCGGCGAAAUAUAUC